CUCACCCACACACGCAGAGGUGCACACACCAGACCCAUCUUCCAUCUCUCUCGCUCUCUCUCUUUCUCUCUCACCCACACACGCAGAGGUACACACACCAGACCCAUCUUCCCUCUCUCUCCCUCUCUCUCUCUUUCACACACACAUACCCCAGACCCAUCUGUCUCACCCACACGCACCAGACCCAUCCCUCUCUCUUUCUCUAAACCAGCAACCUCGCACCAGACCCCAAACCCAAUCUCCACCUGUCUUCUAUCUCUCUAUAUACCGGACAUUUCAACCUCCGCAUCCCUGAUCCAAUGGACCCCAUCUGCCAAGACGUGCCCUGCUCUCUCUCUAACUUCGUGGACACCUUUGUCGACUUCACAGUGAGUGGACUCUUUCUCUCUCAUCAGAAGCCCCAACAGCAACAAAAAUCCACAUACCCAUCUCAACCUCGCUUGCUGGCAGUUGGGGACCUCCAUGGCGAUCUCCAAAAGGCGAAACAAGCUCUGAAAAUGGCUCAAAUCAUCGAUGAAAAUGAUCGAUGGAUUGCAGGCGACUCCAUGGUUGUUCAGCUUGGCGAUAUCCUUGACAGAGGAGGUGAAGAGCUCAAGCUCCUUUAUUUCUUAGAAAAACUCAAGCAAGGUGCGGAGAAAUCGAAUGGGAAGCUCUUGAUUUUACAGGGAAACCAUGAAAUCAUGAACAUAGAAGGGGAUUUCAGGUAUGUGACAAAAGCUGGCCUUGAGGAAUUCAAGAAUUGGGGUGACUGGUUUUCUAUAGGAAUUCAAAUGAAAAGCCUUUGUAAAGAAUUGGAAAAGCAAAUUAACAUUUUUACUGGAGUACCCAAGAAUUACCCACCUGGAAUUAGGGCUAGAAUAGCUGCUUUGAGACCUGGAGGCCCAAUUUCUACACGUUUUUUAGCUGAUAACCCUACUGUUUUGUUGGUGGGUGGCUGUGUUUUUGUUCAUGGUGGGAUCCUCCCUUGUCAUGCUUAUCUUGGCUUUGAUUGGAUUAAUGAGGAGGUUAAGGAUUGGAUCAAUGGGUUAAAAGGGCGAUUUGGGCCUGACUUCGUCAGAGGGAGGGACUCUCUGGUUUGGUUAAGGAAAUUUUCGGAGCAAUCUGAGAAGAAUUGCGAGUGUUCUCUUCUCGAACAUGCUCUGAGCGCGAUUCCGGAAGCUAAGAGAUUGAUUGUGGGUCACACUAUUCAAGAAUCAGGGAUUAAUGGAGCUUGUAAUAAUCAAGUGAUUAGGGUCGAUGUGGGUUUAUCAAAAGGGUGCAUUAAUGGGCUACCUGAGGUCUUAGAGAUAAGGGGAGAUAGUGAAUUGAAGGUAUUGACUUCAAAUCCUCUGUAUCAGAAGAGGGGAGCUAUUCUUAAGCAAGAAGAGAGGGUUGGGUUAGGGUUGCUGCUUAAGGAUAAUGGAGUUAAGCCAAUAGAGGUGAAGGCUUAGGGCGAAACCUUAAGCUUGAAGUGGUAUGUCUGUUGAUUUUUUUGUGUAAUUCAUUAAAAUUCAUGGUAAUGGAUUCUUUCCUGGACCUUGGUGAUAGCAUAGACAGAUCUCAAUCACUGUUUCAAAAAUCGCAUGUCCGGUUUGGGACUUGCCUUAGGCGGACUAAAUUGAGAGGCUGGUGAUUCUGGGCACAAAACUCUAGGAACAACCCAUCUUCUGAUUUUCCUGGUUUUUUUAAAUAUUUUAAAUAUAUAUAGCUCCCUGAGUCAGGCGUGGGGGAUCUGGACUUGGACCCUGCCAAAUCGGGGCCUGAUACUGAUAUUUGAAACACUACUCUCAAUUAGAGAUGGCAAAAAGAAUCCGAAAGAAAAAUUAAGAGGGGACAAAAAAUGCUACGUAUAAUUGGAGGAUUUUGAAAUUGUGCUUGUUUCGAACAAUUGAAUUGUAGAGUGGGAUGCGCCAUUUGGAAAUUGAUCCUUGAUAUUUUUAUUUCGAGAAAAGUUGGCACCUAGAGCUCAAGUUUCAUUUGGAUGUGGACAUCAAAGAGUGAUUCCAUGGCGGAUGCAAAUAGAGUGAAGAAGAUGACAAUGAAUAGUGGAUUUUUCAAGACUACAAGACCAUUGAAAGCCAUUUUGCAUGGGCAUAUCAUUUGAAAUAGCGAUCUCUAUUUGCACAUGCCAAGAAUUAGCCUGAUUCUUGAAUGGCCUUGUCCUGAUAAAGGCCCCUGAGAUCAUGGUGUAUGGUAUAUGAGAGGGAUAUCCUGUUGUACUCUUCGCACCGUUAAAGUGCCUGCCAAUUCUAAUGCAAAGAUUCUUCUUAUCAGUGUGCAGACAAUUUUGCAGCUUAAUGCUCUCCUCUUAACAUUGUUUAAGUGCUCGAGCACUAUUGAGUGUAUUGUGGUUUUUCAAUUUCUUGCAAAGUUUAUUAUUGAAAUAUGUGACAUAGUUUUAUACUACAUAUUUAUACAUAGUGGCACAAGUUAUUUAACCA